AUGAAAUCUUCAAAUCCAAAUGAGCCAUCACAAGGAAAUGAGCAAACACAAGCACAAGGAAAUGAGCAAACACAAGUACACGAGGUUAGAGAAUAUGAGGUGGAUGAGGAAAUCAAUUAUGUUGAUUUUAAUGAAGUUAAUGUACACGACUUGGAGGUUAAUGAUGAUGGUGUACAAAAUGAAAAUAUAGAUGUUGGAGAUGAAAAAGGUGAUGAUGAGAAGGAAUGUGAAAAUAAUGAUGAUCAAGACCAAUUUCAAAGGAAGAAAAGAAAGAGGGUAUCAAAAGCCUACGUUGAUUUUACUGAAGUUACUGCAAAGGAUGGAAGUAUAAAGCUACAAUCUAAUCUUCCACAGUUUGAAAAACUCUCUCGUGCCAUGGCAAGGAAUGAUGUCAUUACUGUUUAUGAAAUAGAGAAGAAAAAGUUACAAUCAAUGUUAAGAACCAUCAAUAAGAUAUCAUUGACCACUGAUAUUUGGAAGUCUAAGGUGCAAAAGAUUUCAUAUAUGUGUGUCACUGGACACUUUGUUGAUUCAAAUUGGCAACUUCAAAAGCGUGUACUUAGUUUCAUGCCUCUUCCUCCUCCACAUACUGGUGUUGAUAUCAUUAAUGGGGUUAUGAAGUCCACAAAAGAUUGGGGGAUAGAGCAUAAAAUCUUCACUAUUUCCGUGGAUAAUGCUUCAAACAAUGAUGUUGCAAUUAGAAUUGCCAAACAAACUUUCUCCAGGAGCCAUAAGCUACCUUUGGGUGGUAAGCUAUUUCAUGUGAGGUGCACUGCUCAUAUAUUGAAUCUUGUUGUUCAGGAUGGUAUUUCUACAAUUAAAACCAUUGUUGAAGAUGUUAGGAAUAAUGUGCGAUUUAUUAAUCAGUCUGAGUCUAGGUUGUUGAAGUUCUCUGAAAUUGUGCAUCAUUUGGGAAUUUCGGUGAAAAAGUUAAUUCUUGAUUGUGUUACUCGUUGGAAUUCUACAUAUGAAAUGUUAGUUGUAGCCAUUAAACUGAAGGAUGCAUUUCCAAUAUUUGCACAAAGAGAGCCUUCGUAUAAAUGUUGUCCUAGCUUGGAAGAUUGGACUAGAAUACAGGAUGUUCUUAGCAUGUUAGAGGCGUUUUAUGGAGCUACUCACGUGAUCUCUGGAACUAACUACCCCACUUCUAAUGUUUUUCUUGGUGUUGUUUGGAGGGUCAAGCAUGUCUUAAAUGAAAAUGAGUUUCAUCAUGAAGAGCUGAUUAGAAAUAUGAUUGAAAAGAUGAAGACAAAAUUUGACAAAUAUUGGGGUGAUUGCAAUCUUUUGAUGUCUAUUGGAGCAAUACUUGAUCCUAGGUACAAAAUGAGGUUGGUUAAUUUUGCUUUCAACCAAAUAUAUAAUGCAAAUGAUGCACGUAUAAAUGUGACGAAGGUCAAGGAUGCAUUAUAUGACUUGUUCUAUGAAUAUGUUCAAAUUGAUAACAUGAAAAUUCGAAAAGGUAGUUCUUCUGUGACACAUAUGGGGAGUUCUUUUGUUACUUCUACAGGCUCUACUUCUAAAGGAAAAGUUGUCCUUUCUGGUUUGCAUUUGUAUGAUAAAUAUUUGGACAGUGUUGAAGAUGAAACUCCAAACAAAUCAGAGUUGGACAUUUACUUGGAGGAAGGGGUUUAUAAGUGUCAAGAUGGUGAAGUAACUUCUGAAUUUGAUGCCUUAUCUUGGUGGAAAUCUCAUGAAUUGAAGUUCAGUAUUUUGUCUAAAUUAGCACGUGAUGUUUUAGCUAUUCCAGUUAGCACCGUGGCAUCAGAAGCCACAUUUAGUGCAGGUACCCGAGUUUUAGAUCCUUAUCGUGCUAAACUAUCUUCUGAUAUGGUGCAAGUUUUGAUUUGUGGAGCAGAUUGGGUUCGUCAACUUCAUGGGAUCGAUAAGCCUAUUAUGACAUAUGAGGAAGAAGAACCAAUUGAUGUCAUAUUGCAAGCAUGA